UCAGUAUUGGCUUCCCUUCCAUAAGGGGUCAUGGAGGAGCACUACAUCUCCAAAGUUCCCCCAAUAUGGGAUUAUGGAAUGGGUGUGUUUCUUCUGAUUAUUGCAAUCUUGACUAUUCUGGGGAAUUCAGUUGUUCUAGCAGUAGCUAUGAAGCGGUCCUCGUGCCUCAGGUCACCUGAGCUCCUCACAGUCAAUUUAGCAGCCACAGAUCUUGGAAUGGGACUCAGCAUGUAUCCGCUGGCCAUUGCUUCUGCCUGGAACCACGCUUGGCUAGGAGGGGAGGCAACCUGCAUUUACUAUGCUCUGAUGGGCUUCCUUUUUGGUGUCUCCAGCAUAAUGACUUUGUCUGCAAUGGCUAUAAUCCGUUUCCUUGUAACUUUUUCAUCAAAACCUAAGAGGCAUAAAAUUAACAGGAAAGUGAUGCAUAUUUGUAUUAUGCUGAUUUGGGCAUAUGCAGUACUUUGGGCCAUUCUGCCUUUAUUGGGCUGGGGGCGUUAUGGCCCAGAACCAUUCGGCACAUCUUGUACUAUAGCAUGGGGCCAGUUUCAUAACUCGCAAAAUGGAUUUUCCUUCAUUCUGAGCAUGUUCAUUCUCUGCACUAUCCUGCCAGCAAUAACCAUAAUCAUGUGUUACUUGGGAAUCGCCUGGAAAAUUCAUAAAGCUUACCAAGAAAUACAAAGCUUAAACAGAAUUUCAAGUUCAGCAAAGUUGGAGAAGAAGAUGACACUGAUGGCUGUGUUGAUCAGUGUAGGCUUCCUGGGAGCAUGGAUCCCAUAUGCUACAGUCAGCUUCUGGUCAAUAUUUCACUCCAGUGAAUCAAUCCCUUACAUUGUUACGUUAUUACCUUGCCUGUUUGCUAAGUCAUCAACAGCCUACAAUCCUUUCAUAUACUACACUUUCAGCAAAACAUUCCGGGAUGAAGUUAAGCAGCUUCAAUGUUGUUCUGCUCACAAAGCUCAAGAAAACACGCAAAACUCCAUCAAUAUCAAUGUAUCAUUCAUGUGGCAAGGAGGGGACAAUAUCUAUCUUUCAGCCCGAAACGUAGUUUUUGAGGAUAUACAAGAGCAAUAGACAGCAGCAACUGCUUUUGAUUCAGAAGCCUGAAAACCGACUGGAUUGCUCUCAGGACUCCAAUGAAGAAUGUGAACACCUCUUCAAGAUGAAAAAAACUUGCUAGUAAGAAAUAAGAUUUUUUGAAGUACCAGGAUACAUAAUAAAUGUGCGUUGUAAUGCCAACAAUACUGGCAGAGGAAGUAGCAAUGACGUGAACUGAGGUUUCCAUAUACUUUUAAUUUACUUUUAUUUUUAUGUUAGCCUCUAUGGUGAGUUUGGGCAUCAAAGACCGGGGCAGAGGACUCCACAGCAUUACUAAAGGGUUCAAAACACACUUAACAGCUACCCACGCUAAAUUUAUUUUGACUACUAGCUGCUCCCUGCCAUGUGUUGCUGUGGUCCAGUCUGGUGACCUGGAAAAUAGUGUUGGUUUCUAAUAUAUGUAAUUUCUUUAUGCUUGUGGGUAAACAGUAUUUCUUGUCACUGUUGAUGUAGAGAUUGUCUGGUUUGCCUACACUGGAACAUGCAACAUAUCAUUGUCCUUCUUUGGAGGUCCCUUUGAAAUCUAUGAUACUAUAUCUGGCAUAUAUAUAUGUUUGUGUGUGAAUCAUAUCUAUUUAUCUAUAUCUAUGGCUGUAUGGCUCUUUCUCAGGAGGGCUUUGAUUAUGUUUUCUCGUCCUGGUGAAGGGAGUUGGACUGGAUGGCCUUAAGGCAGCAUUUCUCAACC